AUGGAAGAAGCCAUGAGAAGGCUCAACGGCACCGACCCCGAUCCCAUCCUCCACCCCUCCUCCGCCCCAAAGCGCCGCCCCUCCCCCUCCCCCGCCGGCGCUAUCAGGUACCGCGGCGUCCGUCGCCGCCCCUGGGGCCGCUACGCCGCCGAGAUCCGCGACCCUCAGUCGAAGGAGCGGCGCUGGCUCGGCACCUUCGACACCGCCGAGGAGGCCGCCUGCGCCUACGACUGCGCCGCCCGCUCUAUGCGCGGCGUCAAGGCCCGCACCAACUUCGUCUACCCCACUUCUCCUAUCCACCCCGCAGCCGAUAAUAUCAUCCCUCCCUUCCACUUCUCAAAAUCACCUCACCCCUUCCCAAACCCUAAUUUUGAUCUCAACGGAAAAAACAUGCUUCUCAUCCGCGACUACCUCAACACCUCCAAUUCCAUAUAUUCCGAUGCUUGCUCCUUCAAUCGCCCUUCAAACCACCACAACAUGCCUCUUAACAAUUCUUCCUUUUCGACCUCUCAGCCCUCCUCCUGCUUCAACCGCACUUCUGCAAAAUCCCAAGGUAACAAUUCGACAAACACUGAUUCUACUGGAAUUUUCUGGAGCGAGAGGUCUGAUUCAGGUUUGUUAGAAGAAGUUAUACACGGCUUCUUCCCCAAAGUGAAGGCGGAGCCGCCAUCGGUUAUCUAUGAAGCUGAAGCAAAAAAUGGGUUUGUAGGUUUUCCGGUUGAGAACCAAACGGUUUAUUCACAAUUCGGGGGCUUCAACUCCGGCGGCAAGCAUUUUUAUGGAGGCCAAGCGAGUUCUAGUGGAAUAUUUGGGGACAUUUUUCACUACCAAGAAGCUCUAGGUCUGGUUGCAGAGAGAGCGCCUAAUGCUUGAAACUUAUCAAACUAAGAUAUGUUAAUUUAUGUUUACUAAUUAAAUCAUGUACUAGUAUUUGUGGAUUAAUUGUAAUAUCUCUAGUUGGCGGAAAAAUAGGAAAUUAUGUACCCCUUCUUCAAUGAAGUAUGUAAUUUUCUUGUAUUUGGUCAUUAAUGAA